CUCGACAGAAACUGCAGUAGUUCAUUGUGACAUGAAUAUGAGCGAUACCAUCAAUCAAUCGAUCGCUGAAAUAAUUAACAAUAUCUAGCUUCUCACUGAGAGUAAAGUUCGGGCCCGACCAGAGACUCUACUGCUCUGGUGGUGCCCUGCUUCUGGCGCGUCAAGAAGUGCGGGUAAGUCUGAUCUCUGACGGUCAAUCGGGUCAGGAUCCGCAAAUUCUAGCGUCUCGGUGAGACCAAUAGGAUUCAUCGGAAGAUGGGCAAGGUAGCUGCAGCACUGCCCACCGGAAGAGCGUGAGACGCAUGCAAGCGCUGCACCAGUCAUUGGGGGUAGGCGAGUGGCCUGCCUGCUGUAUGCGGACGACCUUACACUGUGCGCACUGACUGUACAUCGCAUGCAAUUCCUACUGAAUCGUUUGUAUGAGUUUUGCAUCGCUUUCGGCAUGCGAGUAAACAUAGCCAAGUGUGAAACGCUAGUCUUUGCCCCCCUGCGCCACCAGCAACAAACUGGGAUGGCACAGGCGUGUGCACUCAGCGACGGCCCAGAUAUGGUCCGCACACCUAUCAAGGAGCGUGCGCGUUACCUGGGCCUGCACUACGGCCCAGCAGCAUCGUUUGAUUCGUGCUACCAAGAGCUCAUUACAGCGGGCAAUGCAGGGCUCAGCCUAGCUGCCCUCAGCUGCACGAGUGCGGCGCCUGGUGCCCGUGUUCCAGUGCCCACGUUCCCUGACAAACAGCGGGGCACUGAUACACGGUUCGGCGGCGGCAACGAGACGGAGGCGCAGCUGGCGGGCCAGGCGGCGGCCGGGUUCGGCAGCGGCAACGAGACGGAGGCGCAGCUGGCGGGCCGGGCGGCGGCCGUGUUCGGCGGCGGCAACGAGACGGAGGCGCAGCUGGCGGGCCGGUUCGGCGGCGGCAACGAGACGGAGGCGCAGCUGGCGGCCCGGUUCGGCGGCGGCAACGAGACGGAGGCGCAGCUGGCGGGCCGGUUGGAGGGCGCGGCGGCGGGCGGCCGCGCCCGCCUGAAGCAGGUCAACCCACGCCGAUGGUCGGGCCAGGUCGUGCACAAAAAGUGCGGCCAGGUCCUGGUGAUUGACAGGGCGCCUCAGAUGGCAAAGCAACGCGGUGUGAGGGUGAGGUGCAAGCACUGCAAGACAGGUGUGACUGUCAGCACCAAGGAGCUGGUGAUGGACCUGUGCGACAGCGACAGCGAGUGAAUGAGCGCGGCUGCACGUGUGGGGCAAGGGGAGGGGCAUCAUGCACGCAUGUUUUGAGGUGCAAGUUAGGACUGUGCUUUCGUAUGGUGCUGAAAUCUGGGGCCCCGACGCGCUAUACGCGCUGUUCGAGGGCACCGGCUACGGAGGGUACGGAACCACCGAGGACAGGGGCAAUCCUGGGGGGCUUCGCCCCCACUGGAUCGCUUCGCUCAGGGGGCUCAGCCCAAAAAGCACUCACGGACCCGAUGGUCACAGUGCAAUCCAUGUUCCUGGCAAGGGCGGCAGGGGCCAGCAGGCCCACCUACCGCCUGCUCUAUGCUGAGUUCAGUACACACCCCUUGCACCUGCACUGGGCACGUUUGACGUUUGGUUUCUGGAACCGCAUACUGCGCCAUCGUGCAUCACUUGCGCACACUUUCCUUGAGGAUGCUGUCGAGAGCGCAGCAUCAGGAGGUUUCAUGCGAGGAUGCUGGGUUAGCAAGGUUUACGGUGUCUGCAAGGCACUAGGCUACGAUUGGCUCACGCGGUGCCCAGAUGGGGCCCAGGGUGUGCAAGCCUGGAUCAUGCGCACAGAGCUAACGAAGUGCUUGCGAGUGAAUGCGAAUGCAAGACGCCGUCGCGAGCUCCAGGCUAGCAAUAAACAUCACGAAAGAAGUUAGUGUCAGCGGCAAUGCGGUUACUUGUUACCUUCGAGACGAGACACCGGUGCGCGCUCCACGCUGCUCCGCAUUCGGCACGCCAAACGGAGUCCGAGUGUCGUGGAGACUGCUGCCGCUUGCAGGGGCGGACGCGUGCUGAUCUGCUGGAUAAUUUUGUAGGGCAGCUGACAGUCGAGUGGCGAGCCGAAAGCUUGGAGGAAAACCCGCGCUCCUUCCCGGAAACAGAGGGCCGCAGAAGGCCAGGCGCACCAGGUGACUUUACCAACCUGCCUUGCCACUGUCCCACCACACACCAGGUGUGAAAAUGUGCCGUUACUUGCAAUAAUGGAUGGGGCUCCCCCGCACGGACGCCCUGGUUGACGGCGGCAAACUUGCACAUAUGAAGGAUUUUGUGGCGUAUAAGCACGUUAGUGCACUCAUCAGGUUUAGGCUAGGAUGUUGGGAUGUGGAAGCUAAUAGGCCAGUGCGCAAUGGAGUGCGUCGCCUGCGGGCGCAACGGUGGUGUCGGGUAUGCCGUGGCGAGUGUGUCGAGGACGAGAAGCACGCGCUGCUUGAAUGCGAAGCUUACGCCGAGCUGAGGGUAGCUUAUGGUAUAUCUGGCAAUAAUAUGAAGAGCGUUAUGCUUAGCACAGAAGUCAGAAAACUGGCCGCGUUCCUGUACUCGGUACAGAGUCUGCGCGCCAGCUUACUGCGGGGCGAUUGAUUGACCUCUUUUGUCUUUGCCUUUAGGCGCCUCCGGACUCAAAGGAGUUAGUGGGGCCGCAUGGACUACGACGCCAUGUAAAUGCUCAUGCUC